AUGGGAAAGGGUCCUAAUUCAUCGCACAUAAUUGAUGUUAAAUCUUGCCAUGAUUUAAUAUAUCGAUCACAAUAUGUUGAGAAUAUAGUUAAGAAACAAACUUCUCAACAAGUUGCAAAAAACCAUAUGCGGUUGAAGACUACGAUAGAUGCUAUCAAAUGGCUUACAUUUCAAGCUUGUGCAUUUAGAGGUUGUGAUGCAAGUCAUGAUUCUAAUAAUCAAGGGAAUGUUAUUGAAUUGAUAAAGCUCUUGGCAUCUUAUAAUGCGGAUGUGGCAGAUGUUGUGUUACACAAAGCUCCUCAAAAUUCUUCAUACUACUCGCAUCGAAUUCAAAAAGAGAUUCUUAGUAUUUUCUUUGACAAAAUACAAAGAUUCAUUCAUGAGGAGAUUGAUGAAGGAAAAAUUUGCAUUAUAGUGGAUGGAGAUCGAGAUGAAUCAAAGAGGGAGAAAAUGGUCAUUGUUCUAAGAUUUGUUGAUAAAGAUGGUUUUAUAAAGGAGCAUUUUUUUGACAUAGUUCAUGUAUCGGAUACAACAUCAGCAACUUUGAAAGAAGAAAUAUGUAUUGUCCUAUCUUGUCAUAAUCUCAGUGUACAAAAUAUUUGUGAUCAAGGAUAUGAUGGUGCUAGUAAUAUGCGUGGAGAAUGGACUGGGUUGCAGGCCUUAUUUCUUCAUGACUGUCAUUUUGCGUAUGAUGUUCAUUGCUUUUCUCGUCGACUCCAAUUAGCAUUGCAUGAUCAGUUGAAAGUUGCUCAAGCUAAAGAAAUUGCAGCAAAACUUGCCAUUGAUGAAGUUGAAACUAGUAAAGGCAAAAAUCAAGUUGGGACAUUGAAAAGGGCUGGAGAUACUCGAUGGGGUUCUCACUUGGGAUCUAUUUCCAAUUUGAUAAAUUUUAUCCUAAUGACUUUACAGAGCAAGAAAUUCCAUGCAAAAUUGCGAGAUUGA